AUGGUCAGGGCAAUAUUUUCUGUGUUGGACCUAAUGAAAGUAGACAUGGCCAACUUCGCUAUCACCAGCAUUAGGCCACGUCUCAUGCAGCAGUCAGUUGAAUAUGAGAGGAAGAAGUUUCAGGAAGUGUUGGAGAAGCAGCCGGAUUCCCUGGACUUUGUCACCCAGUGGCUGGAGGAGGCCUCAAAUGACCUUUUGACUCAGAAGUGCAAACAUGCCCUGCCAGCUGGGGGAGGGGCUGCUGGCUCUGGGGAUGCUCCAGUGCUGACCUCUGUUUCUGUCCAGAAUUAUGCCUAUCUGAAGCUUCUGAAAUGGGACCACUUUCGGAGACCUUUCCCCGAG